AUGUCUUCACAGCAAGCUGAAGACGUGGCGAGUCAACAGCCACUUCUCUCCGAGCAACGCCCGAACCAGGACCCAGAUGUCUCAGACGCGUCGCGUACUCGCGGGACAUUCACCCGUAACCUCGGCGCCGCAGAAGCCUUCGGCAUUGUUGUCAGCAUCGUCAUUGGCAGCGGCGUUUUCACCUCGCCUGGCUCAAUCGACACGAACGUUCCGUCGCCUGGUAUCGCGCUAGCUAUCUGGCUUAUCGGAGGUAUCCUGGCUUGGACUGGAGCUACGACAUUUGCCGAGCUUGGCACCGCGAUUCCGGGAGAAGGUGGUGUUCAGCCGUAUCUGCAGCACAUUUAUGGUGAUAUUUGGGGGUUUCUGGCGGCGUGGACAUGGAUUGUUGCCGUGAUGCCCGCGACGUUGGCAAUCCUCUCCAUUGUCUUCGUUGAGAGCGCCUACUCCGCAGCGGGAGUCAUCAACGAGGACUACCGCAUAGAACACAAGCUUCUGUCCAUACUGGUUCUCGUCGCCAUGAGCGUCGCAAACUCCAUCAGUACAAAAGCCAGUACCCGUCUAAACGGCUUCUUCGUGGUUCUCAAGUUCCUCAGUAUCCUGGUUGUGGUUGUCGCCGCUUUGGCGGUCGUGGGUGUUCAUGCUGCGCAUCCUGAUCGAGAGGUUGGUGGAGGCGAUUGGUUCAAGAAGUCGUGGUUCAAGUACCGCGAUACGUAUAACCCUAACGGACCCGAUACAGAUUGGAGUAAGUUGAGUCAGUGGGAGAUCUUUGGCCAUUAUUCUGCUGCUUUGUACGCGGCACUUUGGGCUUACUCUGGCUGGGACAAGGCUAUCUACGUCUCUGCGGAGCUUUCACAGCCUGCCAAGCAACUCCCUCUUGCAAUCAACACAUCUAUUCCUACGGCUAUCAUAUGCUUCCUCGCCGCCAACGCAGGAUACUACAUCCUCCUCCCCUGGAAUGUCGUCAGCACUACUGACAGUGUCGCGGUCACCGCCAUUACUCGGCUUUUGGGCCGUGGCUUUGGUAUUGUCACCGCCAUGCUCAUCUGCUUAGUUGUUGCGGGCUCUUUGUUGGGCAACUCCUUCGUCGCAAGCCGCAUGUGUGUUGCGGCUGCAAGAAAAGACUGGAUUCCUGGUCUUUUCACCAUCGUCGGACGGGUAGGCCUCAAAGCCUCACCUGAAGAGACAGACGAGUCGUCAGAUGAGCCAGCCAAAGAAGCCGGCGAUGCGCCCAUCAACGCCGUCAUCCUAUCGGUCAUCCUCGCGUCACUGUACAUCCUCUUCGGCAGUUUCCGAGCUCUUCUAACUCUCAACGGUCUUGGCGAGUACUCUUUCUUCUUCCUCACUGUUCUUGGUGCCAUCAUUCUUCGAUACCGAGAACCCGAUCUGGAGCGCCCAUACAAGACCUUUUCCAUUAACCCGAUUGUGUUUGUCCUCGUCAGCGGAUUUGUUGUUGUUAGAGGUGCUAUCUUUGCACCUGUGCAGGCGCUGGUGAUUAUUGCCAUUUGGAUUUUAGGCGUUGCUUUCUAUAAAGCGCGACAGUAUUGGGCUUCGCGAUAG